UGCAACAGCGGCCCAUUCAUACUACACACACACACACACACACACAAACCAUGCCUGUGAAGGAGAUCCAAACACCUUAUCCCGUCAUUGACACUGAUCCUAGCUUUGGCCGUGUCGUUCGUAACUUCCGAACAACCGACUACGCUGCAUGGGCUGCUGGCACUGCCGUUGCACCGGCUGCCGUUGUUGGCAUGGAAAAAUUCAACCCUGCCGCCAUUGGACGUAGUCUCCGUAUUCCUAUCCGUAUCAGCGCUUUGAUCGGUUCGUUUGGUGGUUUCUUGUACGCAUACCAGAACAGCAGUCUUCGUUUCUGGGGCUGGAAGGAAAAUGCUGCUGAGGUAGCAAAGGAUCACGAAGAAUUGAGCCAAUUGGCUAAGGAAGGCAAGGCCCUGUAUGGUGAAAGCAACAUGCCCGCACACGUCCAAGCUGCUUCUGCUCAGAACUCGAGAUUCGCUCAGCUCAAGUUCAGUCUUAUUCCUUGGUUCAACCUUGCCAGCCACAACAACCACGGUGUCGAUACUUCGAAAUACAGCUCUUAGAUUGUUUUUAUAGUUUUAUAAAAAAAAAAUAUCAUUCACACAAAUUUUCUACCAAAAAAAGAAACACUGCACUUGUCUUUCCUCUUUCUUGAGUGGUGUGUGUUUUUCUUUUCUUUUUUUUUUGCUU